AUGUUUGGGACACCUAUUCGAGCCAGUACAGCUGGACCUCCAUUUCAACCCACCAUUGUCUGCAACUCGCUGGAGGGCAACUGGGGGCAGGAGCAAUGGAAAAAUCACUUGUGCUUCAGCCCAGGGUCAGAGGUCACGUUCACCGUGACCUUUGAUGACAAGUUCAAGGUGAAGUGGGCGGACAGGCACCAGCUGACCUUUCCCUACAGGCUGGGCCACAGCCCCCUGCGCUCCCUGAGCGCGCUGGGUGGGUUCAGGUUCUCCUCCUCCAACGGGAACGGCAGAGCCCUCACACCGGCUUCCGAUCCCGAGCUUCUUUCCAGCCACAUGGGACCAGCAGGCCCAGGCCCUGGCUCCCCGCCCAGUCCCUGCCCCUCUGUCCCCUUUCCUCCCCCAGGGCUAAGGCCAAAUUAGGAAUCCACCUUUGUCCAGCCGGUGUGGCUCAGUGGUGUGAGCCAGGAGGUCACUGGGUCAGGGCACAUGCCCCAGUUGCAGGCUCAAUCCCCAGGAGG